GUAAAUGGCAUUCAUAUUUAAAGCAUAAGAAAAAGAAAAUGUUACAACCGAAAGGUUAAGUUUUUACGAGCCCAGCCUAAUAAUAGAUAGAGGAAACACAUAGUGGAAGAACUAAAUUAAGCCCAAAUUUGUAGUAAAAGGUGUUGAGCCCAUGAGAAUGUGAAAAGCCCAGCAAAGUAACAUUGUUGACAUGGCAACCUCCGCAGAGUUUGAUCACGAAGGAGAGAGCGUUUGAGGGAGAGGAAACAGUUUGUUGGAGUAGAGGAGGAUGACUGAGGCCUGCGGCGUAGCUAACCAGUGCUGCAUCAUCGCCGAAGAGGUCGCCGGGUGGGAAACACGCAGUGAUGAGAUCCUGUUUCUGAUUUGCCGAUCAAUGGUCAGGAGGAGAGACUCUUUUCCUUUGAAAGUCGCUCUAUGCAGCCUGCUGUUGCGCUCACUCCAUAACCAGUAGAUUGUCGCUUUGACCGCUAUUAAAGUGAGUCGCAUAAUUGGGCGGCUUGAAGAGAGUCCUUGCAUCUGAGUCAGAGUAUCCUCCCAAGAGUGAUGGGCGACCAGAUUGCAACGCCUUGCGAUUGAAGACCAGAGAGAAUGAGAGUAGGGGCAAAUAAAGUAAAGGUAGUCCCGAGAUUCUGAUGCGGAGUUACAAAGGAGACAGAGAGGGCUCACUGUCAAGCCCCAACUAAGUAGUCGAUCCCUUGUUGGGCAUCUAUUUAGUACAGUUAGCCAAGCAAGAAAGUCAUGCCUCGGAAUCCCGAAGGAGGACCAGACGACUUUCGCCCAUGAGACUGAAGCCCUGUCUCCACACAGAAAAGUAUACAUACUGCCCAUAGAGGAUGCUAGUGAUGCAUUCUUUGCGAUUCCUAAUCUCGAAGAAGCCGGCUUUAGAAAGGAAUCAAGUUGUCCGAAAGGCGACCAGUUGUCAUACCAGAACCGUGUAGAGACCCCAUCUCCCAGCCUGCGUUUAAUCAUCGGAGCAUAACGUUCCUUAGACUAAAGCGAUGGAGGAAGGGGAAGCCGCGGGGGCUGAAUUGAAGCGCGCAUGGUCAUCUAGCAACGCUGAGGAUUGUACGAUGGAGGAAGCUGAGUACCACAAGCGUGCCAAAGUUUACUGUGGCCUUGCUGGCAGUGAGGGCCGGUCUGCUUCUGUGAUAUCUUCAGAUGCUUCUGGUUCGUCUAUGGAGAGAACUGACGGUUUUGGCAUUGCAUCUUCUUCUCGGACAGAUACUGAUAUGUUCUGCCAGGGUUUCAUCUUGAAUUAUGGUCGGAAAGAUGGGAGAGAAGAUGAUGAUUUGGAAGUUCAUAUUGAUUUGACUGAUGACCUAUUACAUAUGGUAUUCUCGUUCUUGAAUCAUGUCGACCUUUGUCGCUCUGCUAUGGUAUGUCGUCAGUGGAGAGUUGCUAGUACUCAUGAGGAUCUUUGGAAAGUCUUGAACUUUGAAAAUAUGAGAAUUUCUAUCCAGCAAUUUGAAAACAUGUGUCAGCGCUAUCCCAAUGCCACUGAAGUGAAUGUUUACCGCGUUCGUGCUGUUGACGCCCUGGCUGUGAAAGCAGCUACCACUUUGAGGAAUCUGGAGGUCUUAACUAUAGGAGACGGUUACAUCAGCGAAAACUUUUUCCAGAUAUUGGAGGAGUGUAACAGGUUGAGGAGUGUGACCAUAAGUGACGCUAUUUUGGGAUGUGGUUAUCAGGAAAUACACCUGAGUCAUGAUCGGCUACAUGAACUUAAAAUUAAAAACUGCAGGGUUUUGCGUUUGUCUAUCAGGUGUCCGCAGCUCAAGUCUUUAUCAUUAAAAAGAAGCAACAUGUUACAGGCGAUGCUUAACUGUCCACUCCUCCAACAUCUUGACAUAGCCUCGUGCCAUAAGCUAAAAGAUGCUGAUAUCCGUUCAGCUGUCACUUCGUGUCCUCUAUUAGAGUCGCUCGAUGUUUCUGACUGUUCCUCUCUCAGUAAUGAAACUUUGCGUGGAAUAGCCCAGGCUUGUGCUGGUCUCCAUAUUCUUAAUGCUUCCUACUGCCCAAAUAUAUCUUUUAAGUCAAUACGUCUUCCCAAGUUGACGGUUCUCAAGCUUCAUAGCUGUGAGCUUAUAAAAUCCGCGUCUAUCACUUGGAUUGCUAAGAGUCCAGCGCUGGAGGUUCUGGAGCUUGAUAAUUGCAGACAGUUGACAUCUCUUGCGUUGCAUCUCUCCUGUUUGCAGAGUUUAAGCCUAGUAGGCUGCCUUAAAUUCACAGAGCUGAACUUGCAAAGCCCCAUGCUUUCAUCAAUCUUUGUUUCAAACUGUCCAGCUCUUCAACGAGUCACUAUCACUUCCAACGCCCUUCGAAGAUUAGCUCUCAAGAAACAGGAGAAUUUGACAACAUUAGUUCUGCACUGCCAGUCCUUGCAAGAAGUGGAUCUCUCUGGUUGUAAAUCACUGUCUAACAAUGUUUGUGAUCUCGAUGGUGGAUGCCCAAUGCUCAAGUCAUUAAUUCUUGACAACUGUAAGAGCUUAACAGAAGUUCGGUUCUGCAACUCAUCGUUGUCCAGUCUGUCCCUUGUUGGCUGUCGUGCUGUUACUUCUCUUGACUUGAAGUGCCCUCGCGUGGAGCAGAUCUGUUUGGAUAGAUGUGAUAAUAUUGAAACUGCAUUUUUCAGGCCUGUUGCGCUCCGGUCUCUAGAUCUAGGAAUAUGCUCAAGACUGAGCGUGCUCAUUAUCCAAGCGCCUUAUAUGGUGUCCCUUGACUUGAAAAGUUGCGGUGCACUCUCUGAAGCAUCCAUCAUUUGUCCUUUAUUAACAUCCUUAGAUGCGUCUUUCUGCGGGCAACUGAGGGAUGAUUGUCUGUCUGCAACCAUUGCUUCAUGUCCACUAAUUGAGUCACUGGUGCUAAUGUCAUGCUUAUCUAUUGGCUCUGGUGGCUUUUCUUCCUUGAAGGACCUCCAAAAUUUGACUUUUCUUGAUUUGUCAUACACUUCCUUGAUGAAUCUGGAGCCCAUCUUCAAGUCUUGUAUUAAACUGAAGGUACUCAAGUUACAUACCUGCAAAUUUCUCACUGAAUCAAUAUUCACUGAAUCAACACUGGAGCCUCUAUACAAAGAAGGUGCAUUACCGGCACUUGAAGAGUUGGACCUGUCUUAUGGAACUCUCAGUCAGACUGUGAUAGAUGAUCUACUUGCUUGCUGCACACGCUUGACCCAUUUGAGCUUGAACGGCUGUGUUAACAUGCAUGACCUUGAUCACUUUGGUGCUAGCGAGGAUACUCAAGAACCAGCUGAGUCAGCCAACCGGUUACUACAAAACCUCAGCUGUGUGGGUUGCCCCAAUAUCAGAAAAGUGUUGAUACCGCAUUCAGCUCGGUUUGAUCAUUUAUCAUCGCUGAACCUUUCUCUAUCACUCAGACUAAAGGAGGUUGAUCUCUCAUGUUUCAACCUGGUCUUACUUAAUCUAAGCAACUGUUCCUCUCUGGAAGUACUGAAACUUGGCUGUCCAAGAUUGGCUAGCCUCUUUCUUCAGUCUUGUGAAAUGGAUGAAGCAGGAGUUGAAGCAGCUAUAUCUGGAUGCUGCUCACUAGAGACACUGGAUCUCCGUUUCUGUCCAAAGAUAUCUACAGCGAGCAUGGCGAGGUUCCGAACAGUGUGCCCUAGUUUGAAGGAAGUCUUAAGCAAUCCUAAUCGUUUGCAAAACAGGCUUUUGGAUCCAAUGUUUCAGGAUCUGUGUCCAAGUCUCUGGGGGAUGUAACUUAUGGUUCCAAGUCUCGAGUUUCAGUAGUGCUUAUCAUCCGAACCUUUUUUGUGUCUUUGCUUGGUUAUACUUAUUAUCACUGCUACUGUUAUAAAUAAUAUAUAGUGUUUUAAUCAAUCUUUAGAAUUGUUUAAUUA